AGGUCGCCUCUUUUUGGCGUCUGCUGCUUGCAAAGAAACAGCAGAUCUGAGACCUGUUUGUCCACGCGGGUCUCGUCUCGCAGCGAAGAACGAGACCAAGAUUGUGGCCGCUUUCUUCCCCCGCUCGAUUCCUCUCACGCCCAUGUCGAGCGACGGGAAACAUAAUCUGUUCCGUGCUUUGGAGGGACAUGGCUUCCUCGGGAAUCAUGAUCCGGCAGCGAAAGAAAAAACAAAAGGAAUCCAUGAGGGAUUCUCAGGAUAUCCCAAGUAUAAUGCAUCUCAUUCUAACUCUCAAGAAAGUUGGAACGUCCUGCCGGAGCCAAAAGAUGAAAAGGGUGUGCCUGUUUGUGAUUCUGCGAAAGCAAAUUACUCAAUCUUGGAGCCUUAUGCAAUAUUAAAUAAAGGUUACGGUGCAUCACUCUACAAACAGGAAGCAUUUGUACAGCCACCUGAUUUUGUAAUGUGGCAGCAAGUCCAAUUGAGUGCCUCUGAGAACAAUAUUUAUCCAAUAAUCCAUUAUUAUUCAAUUCCUGUUGAAAGUGGAUGCAGUUACAUGCCACCAGUCAAGAUGUUUCCUCAUGCUCACCAACAUAAAGUUCAAAUUCAAGAAUUUCAGUACUUUGUAGUUAUUGACUUUGAGGCCACAUGUGACAAAGACAGGAAGUUACAUCCUCAGGAGAUCAUUGAGUUUCCAUCUGUCUUGGUUAACAGUGCAACUGGUCAACUAGAAGCUGUUUUUCAAACAUACGUGAGGCCUGCAUAUCAUAAACAUCUCACUGAUUACUGCAAGCAACUCACCGGGAUCCAACAAUUUCGGGUUAUUAUGAAUUUAUCUCACAGCAUACAGCUCUAUUACAUGUUUUUGUUAUUCUUCAUUUCUCAACAUAUGGUAGACAGAGGAGUUCUUCUAAGUGAAGCUCUAAUCAUGCAUGAUAAAUGGUUGGAAAGUAAAGGAAUUAAGCACAAAACGUUUGCUGUAGUAACAUGGGGUGACUGGGAUUGCUGUGUUAUUUUAGAAUCUGAAUGCAAAUUAAAAAGGAUCAGAAAGCCUGCUUACUUUAACAGGUGGAUCAACUUAAAGGUUCCAUUUCAGGAAAUGUUUCAAGGCAUCCGCUGCGGUCUCAAGGAUGCUGUCGAGCAUGUUGGCUUGACGUGGGAGGGCCGUGCACACUGUGGUCUUGAUGACGCCCGUAACACUGCCCGCCUCCUGGUUCAUCUCAUGGAUAUGGGCUUCAAGUUCUCCAUCACCAAGUCAUUAGAGUCGCAAUCUAUGGAUGUUCCCAUGAAAUACAAGGCAUCCUGUGAUUUCUUGUUGGAUCGAUCUGAACACACUCGAGAGCCUAAAGAAGUGUUUGGCACGCCUGUCCAGAUUCAUCCUUUCAUGGACUCCACUGGGAAGGAGAAGCAUACCUACUGUUACUGUGGGGUGUUGAGUAGCAAGUCUGUCGUCCGCAAGCCUGGACCAAACCAAGGUAGAUGCUUCUUUGGGUGUGGGAAUUGGACCGCAGCUAGGCGUGCUGUCUGCAACUAAUGGGCUUCUCCUUGACGAGGGGCAUCUCUUCGCUUGAUGCUUAGAAGGCAAUUUCCUUACAAAAAGAAGCUUUGGAAUGUGAGUUGAUACUGGAACUUGAAGCAAUGAGGUAUUGGUGCUUGCCUAGUGUUUGUUUCAUGUACAUCCAUAUAUGUAUAUUGAACUCUUGCGUGUGCCGAUGACAAAGUCUCUAGGUAGUAUCUAACCUUUGAAUAUUGACUAACUUGUUAAUAGAAACUACUUUGUACA